CGGCGGCCCGGAAGGAUGUUACCGCGGGCGGCGGCCGCGGGACGGGCCCUGCGGUGCGGGGUGGCGGCGGGGCGGCGGCAGCGGAGCGGGGCGGGCAGCCCCGACCGCGGCCCCCGCAGCGAGCGGGCCCCCAGGAUCUACACGAAGACGGGAGACGCAGGCUUCUCCAGCACCUUCACCGGGGAGAGGCGGCCCAAGGGCGACCGGAUCUUCGAAGCUCUGGGAGCCACGGACGAGCUGAGCUCGGCCAUCGGGCUUGCUGGUGAAUUUGGCAGUGAAAAGGGCCACACAUUUGUUGAGCAGCUCCACAAAGUCCAGUGCAUGCUGCAGGAUGUGGGCUCCAACAUCGCCACGCCGCUCUCCUCAGCCAGGGAGGCUCACUUAAAACGAACAUCUUUCAGUGAGAAGCCAGUUCUGGAGCUGGAGCAGUGGAUUGACAGCUACUCAGAGCAGCUUCCUCCACUCAGAACUUUCAUCUUGCCAUCGGGAGGUAAAAGCAGUGCUGCUCUCCACUUCUCCCGAGCUGUCUGCCGCAGAGCUGAAAGGUGCGUGGUUCCUUUGGUACAAGCAGGGGAAGCAGAUCCAAACGUGGCCAAAUACUUAAACAGACUGAGCGACUACCUCUUCGUUCUGGCACGUUACGCUGCAAUGAAGGAAGGGAAGGAAGAGAAAAUAUAUGUAAAGCCUGAGCUGUAACUGGGAGCUGGAACGUUUAUUUCCUUGAUUAUGGGAAGCUAAAUCCAGCAGAGUGCUUUCCCUCAUCAAGGAAGGGAAGGAGAACAAGCCUGGAUUGGAAAUGUGAGCUGCCAAGAACUUCCAGCUUAAAUAAUUAGGAAUUGCUCUUAAAUACGGUGCAGAACAUGCCCUAUUCACUGGGCCUUGUCCAAAUACCCCUUGUACAACACUCUGAUCUUUGCCCGCAUUGGAGUUG